GCCGGAUCGAGCUGUGAGGGUCCCGGGGCCCGAGGCUGGGCGCAAACGCCCAGUGUGAAAUAAUUGCAACGCCCGGAUCUCGGGAUGCCCCAAUUUGGACCCCAUCUGGGAGGCAUCGUUCUCAGCCGGGGGGCGGCCCGGCGGCCCGGCGGCAGCGAUGCAGGGGCCGCGGGGGGCGGCGCCGCGGCGCCGCGGGAGGAGCGCGCUGCGGCCGCGGAGGGACGCCAGGACGCUGGACCUCUGGCGCCCGGCGGCCGUGGCGGCGCUCUGCCUGCCCACCGCGGAGCGCCUGCUGCUGCCCGCGGCGGCCUCGGCCCCCGCGGGCCGCCCGCCGCCCCUGCGCGCGCCGCUCGGGGGCCUCGGCCGCGGCGGGCCGGCGGCCGCGCCCGGCGGCGCGGCCAGGCGCGGCAGACGGGUUGCGGAGGACCAGGCAUGGCCGGGCGCGGCAGAGGCGUCCGCGGCCAGCGCGACGCCGCCCCUCGUCGGCAGGUGGCUCCGCCGACGGGAGACGCAGUGGACCUUCUUCGAGAGGCGCCGCUCCGAUGCCGCCGACAGCGGCCCCACGGAGCACGUGUUCGAGAUCUCGGACAGCCAGGGCGAUGCCGCGAUCGUUGCAGACGCCAGGGUGCUCACCCUGCGUGGUGUUAUCGACCUGGUGGACGCCAGCAACGGGGAACUGGUGUGCUCGCUGCGCGAGAUGCUCUUCCGUGCGACCCCCACGUACGAGCUGCGGUGCGGUGGCAAGACCGUGGCGACGAUAAGGAGAGACCGCUUCUCGCCCCUGUCCGAGCAGAUCCGCAUGUUCCGCGGCGAGCCCGAGUUCAACCUGAUCACCGGGACGACGGACGCCGAGUGUCUGAUGUGCUGCCGGCGCGGCCUCUUCUGGAGGAAUUGCUAUCGGUUCUACGAGGGCGCGACCGGGAGGCAGGUGGCCACUGCGAUCAACAGCUGGUACAGCUUCUUCUUCCGUCGGUUCACCAGGGCGGCGGACUACGAGGUCCAGGUCGAUCCUGAAGCAGACGCGCUCAUGGUCUUUGCCAUUCUCAUCGCCCAGAGCGAGCUGACGGACUGGGACGAGUCCAGGGCGCAGGCGGCCAAGUCGCCAAGACGUCCAGCGGCGUGAGGGGCACGCGGCGAAAAGAGAGUGUGGCGAGCGGCUGCGGCGACGGUGGGAACGAGACGAGGGACCACACUCGUUUGGGCACGAACCCUCUGCGAUGCGACCAAUAAGACGGUGCCCAGGGGCAUCGCAGCGCCCCGCUGAGAAGUGGAC